AAAAGGAAAACGAUCGGCUUCUUUCUUUGUUAUUACACAACAAAAUUGGAUUAGGGUUUUGUUCGGUUCACAUUGAAGAAUCACGGAAGCAGAGGAGGGGGAGGGAUCUCAAAUUCACGCGUUUCUCUCUCUUCCUUGACUUGAUUUGGAGGCUAUUUAUUAAGUUUCUCUUCAAAUCGAGGAACUUUUGUUUGUUUUCUGUGAUAAAAAUUGCCAAACAUGUUACCUCCACGUCAGCAACCAAGGUCUGGAGUACUCCACACAUCUUUAUCCCUUGUUCCAGCAGAUGCUUGUGGGUCUCCUAAUGUUCAAGAACGUGGCUCGAAUUCUGAUCAGGUCCGAGAUUCGCCCACAGAAAGUGCUAGUUCACGUGAAACCUGGCCAACAGCUGAUGCUUUGACGCUAUCCAAGCAGCUGGAGAGGGAGAAGGCAAAGGAACGCGACAACGGUUCUGCUGAGCAUUCUGUCAUCCGCCAUAUAUCAAGCUCUGAUAAAAUGUCCCUCAGAGACAUAUCUAGGGAGAGAGUGGAUGUAAUUGCAGAAAGAAUGCACCAUCUCCCUGAUGAGUUUUUAGAUAAGUUAAAAAAUGAACUUCGAGGUCUUAUUGAAGGAAUGGGUGGUCAGCAGCAUAGGGAGGAAUACAUUUUUCUUCAGAAGAUGGUUCUGAGUAGGGGCGACUUGACAGAAAAAACACUCAUCUUGGCACAUCGCGGACAGCUAGAAAUAUUAGUUGCUAUCAAGACUGGAAUUCAAGCAUUUCUACAUCCAACCGUUAGUCUAUCUCAAGCUUCUCUCAUUGAGAUCUUUUUGUACAGGAGGUGCAGAAACAUAGCAUGUGGAAACCAAAUUCCAGCUGACAAUUGUUCUUGUGAGAUUUGCUCUAAGAGGAAUGGUUUCUGUAACCUCUGCAUGUGUGUGAUAUGCAGCAAGUUCGAUUUUGAAGUGAAUACGUGCCGAUGGAUUGGUUGUGAUGUGUGUUCUCACUGGACACAUACAGAUUGUGCAAUACACAAUGCACAGAUCGGCAUGGGGCCUGUUGCAAAUGGAGGAAGCUCAGGAGAGAUGCUUUUCAGGUGUCGAGCCUGCAUGAGGACAUCAGAACUAUUUGGGUGGGUCAAAGAUGUUUUCCAUCACUGUGCGCCAUUGUGGGAUCGGGAAGCUCUGGUUAGAGAACUCGAAUAUGUGAGUAGAAUUUUCCGUGGAAGUGAGGAACCUAGAGGGAGGAAACUCUACUGGAAAUGUGGAGAACUUGUAGAGAAAUUGAAAAGUGGGAUAGCUGAACCUGUGGCUUCCAAAGCAAUACUGUCAUUUUUUCAAGAGUUCGACAUGGACCCCACAAAGCAUCAAGAAAAUGGGGAUGGUCGAUUGAUGGCCCCACAAGAAGCUUUCAACCGAAUCGCAGAUGUAGUGCAAGAAGCAAUCAAGAAGAUGGAAAUGGUGGAAGAGGAGAAGGUUCGUAUCACCAAGAAAGCACGCCUAGCCCUUGAGGCUUGUGAUCAAGAACUUAAAGACAAAGCUCGGGAAGUAGCAGCCCUGAAAAUAGAAAGACAGAAGAAAAAACAGCAAGUAGAUGAACUGGAAAGCAUCGUGAGGCUUAAACAAGCCGAAGCUGAGAUGUUCGACCUGAAAGCCAGUGAAGCUAGACGAGAAGCGGAGCGGCUGCAACGGAUCGCGCUUGCAAAAGCGGAGAAAUCAGAGGAAGAUUACGCAAGCAGGUAUCUGAAACAACGAUUACAUGAAGCCGAAGCUGAAAAACAUUAUUUAUUCGAGAAAAUGAAGUUACAGGAGAGUUCAUCAAGAGCAUCACAGAGCAGUGUAGGUGGUAGCGAGCCUUCCCAGAUGAUGAUGUAUAAUAAGAUCCAGGAUCUGCUGAAGAACAUGUAUACGGCACCGUCGAAAGGCGAUGGCCCGUCUAGCGAUAUCCGAUCACUGGGUUCGGUUUAAGUAGGAUGUCUUUUUGGUGCACAUUUUGGAUUUUGUUUUCAUGUGGUUGGUGGUUUAUCACCUUAACUCCAGAACAGCAGUUGUAACUUUAUACAGUUUAUGGGUUGAAGUGUUGUGAUUAAUGAAGGGAAGAUUUAU